AUGCCGCAGCAGCAACAGCAACUGCUGCUGCUGCUGCUGCUGCUGCUGCCCUUCCUGCUAUCUCUGCUGGCCCUCCCCUGCCCUGCGGACGUCUCCAGUUCCACGGGCGGGGGCCCCGAAGACCAGCAGCAGCAGCAGCAGCAGCAGCAGCGGCAGCCUCCCUCCCCGCCCUCCCAGCAGCAGCAGCAGCAGCAGGAGCAGCAGGCCCCGCCUCAGGAGCGCAGGCCCUCAGGCGCCUCCGAAGGCGUCCACUUGCCGGCUGCCGCUGCUGCAGCUGCCGCUGCAGCCUCCGCUGCUGCUGCUGCUGCUGCUGCUGCACAGCAGCAGCAGCAGCAGCUGCUGCGGGAGUUCGUGGCGCUGGGAGACCCCGCGGACACGCACGCCGUGGUGGCUUCGAGCUCGCGGCAGUGGCUGAACUACCGGCACAUGGCGAACGCGCUGGCCUUUUACAGAAGUCUGAAGCAGCAAGGAAUAAAAGACAAAAAUAUAAUUCUGAUGCUUGCAGGGCAGGACGGGCCCUGCUCGCCCCGCAGCGCCUUCCCCGCCGGGGUGUACAGACACCGCAGCCGCGCCCAGAACCUCUUCGGCGGCCACGACGCCUGCGCCGCCGCCCUGCACCGGCAGCAGCAGCAGCAGCAGCAGCAGCAGCAGCAGGAGCAGCAGCAGCAGCAGGAGGAGUGCGCGCUGUUUGGGGAGGGGUGGGAAGGCGCGGAGGUGGACUACAGCGGGGAAGCAGCGAAUGCGGACGCGCUGCUGCGGGUGCUGCUGGGUGUACAUACACCCGAGACGCAGCAGCAGCAGCGGCUGCGCAGCAGCAGCAGCAGCAACGUGGUGGUGUUUCUGACGGGGCACGGGGGCAACGAGUUUCUCAAGUUCAGCGACUGGCAGACGCUGCAGCAGCAGCAGCUGGCUGCUGCAGUGCAGCGCAUGCAGCAGCAGCGGCGCUUCCGGCGGCUGCUGCUGAUCGCCGAGACCUGCCAGGCCGCCACGCUGCUCUCGGGUGUACGUACACCCCACGUCCUCAGACUCUCUUCUUCCCUAAAAGGAGAAAGCAGUUAUUCUUAUUUUUCCGACUCUUCAAUGGGCACUUCUUUGGUGGACCGCUGGACCCACUCAGUGGUCAACUUCCUCAACCGCCACGCCAACAGCCACGCCGCCGCUGCUGCUGCUGCUGCGCGCAGCAGCAGCAGCAGCAGCAGCAGCAGCAGCGGCGGCGGCGGCGGCAGCAGCAUGGGCGUGGGACGGCUGCUGCCCUCCGUCGCCGCGCUGCUCGACAGCUUGGACCCCAACUUUCUCAUGUCGAGGUGUGGGGUCGAGGAGGAGCCGAUCCCGGGAUCGCCGACUCCCCUUACGCAGCUGCCCCUGGAGGUCUUCUUCUCCAACAGACGCAAACCCGUCGCCUACAACUUCGCCUAUCCUGCUGCUGCUGCUGCUGCUGCGGCAGACUCCAGCGCAGCAGCAGCAGCUGCUGCAGCAGCUGCUGCUGCUGCUGCUGAACCGCUGCACCUGUGGCACUCCGAGGCCCUUAGAUUCUUUCCUGCGCUCAAUGCGCCCAUGCAGCAGCAGCAGCAGCAGCAACACCAGCAGCAGCAGCAGCAGCAGCAACACCAGCAGCAGCAGCACCAGCAACACCAGCAGCAGCAGCAGCAGCGGCAGCAGCAGCCGCAGCGGCAGCUGCAGCAGCAGCACUUUGAAUGGGUAGACCCAGCGGUGGCCGCUCCUCUUGCUGCUGUUCUUGCGGGGGUUGCUUGUGUGGCAACUGCAGCCUCUCUUUGA